AUGUCUCAACUCCGAAGACCUACUCAUCUUUUUCACCGCCUCUCAUCUUUGAAGAAGGCCAAUUUGCUCGGAAUAAACAUGGUAACAUCUACACGACAAUUUUCAACGAUAAACAACAGCAUUAGAGAAGAGAAUGAUAUGACGAACAAAACUAAGGAACCAUCACAACAAGAACAAAAGUUAUCAUAUCAAGAAAUCAAGCAAAUGAAAAGAAUGAAAGAAUUGGAAGAACGACUAACCAAAAGUAAAGGGGUUGGAAAACUUUUUACAAAUCCAAGAGAGAAACAAUUAGUCUUUACAGGUCUUGUUUUAACCCUUGUUUUUUGUAUAGGUUCAUUGCUUUUUUCAAUUUAUAGAAUUUACGACACAUGGCUUCAAAAGCAAAUUAGAUAUUUUCCAUCUCCGUUUGUCAGGUUGACCGAGAAUAGAAUAACCUGUGUAGAUUUCUUUGGAACUUUCUCGAUUAAUGUGCCAAAGCAACAUCUUCCUGAUGAGGUUGUUGAAGAAUUUGAAAAAAAGGCAUACAAAUAG